AUGGCUCCAGAAUUGAGACCUAGAAGGUCUAAGGCCGAGCAAGCUACCCCAAAGGCCACUGGCAGCACCGUUACAGAGCCCAAGGAGACUCCCAAGAGUGCUUCCAAGGCAACCCAAUCUGCGCCUGUCUCGGCUGCUAAGACAGCAACAAAGACACCCAAGUCGGCCAAGAAGUCUGGGAAGAAGGCCGAGAAAGAGCCAGUCGAGAAGAAAGAUACGGUCAAGAAGGCUGAUGCUGAGGUCAUUGCUCCUCAUGAAGAGGAGCACUCGUCCUCUGAGGAGGAGGCUGAUGAGCAGACCAAAGCCCUUGUCCAGACUAUUGACAGUGGGGAUGAAGAUGGCCCUGGCUCUGGAGUUGUUCUCUUUGAGGAGGGCCAAGAUGUUGGCAAGAUUCCUGAGUUAUCUAACAAGGAAAAGAAGGCGGCAAAGAAGGCACUUGCUGCCUCGAAACAAAAGGAGGAUCCAGGUGUGGUCUAUGUCGGUCGUCUGCCUCAUGGUUUCUACGAACACGAGAUGAAGAGCUACUUCAGUCAGUUCGGCCCCAUCCGCAACUUGAGAGUUUCCAGGAACAAGAAGACUGGUCGGGCGAAGCAUUUUGCAUUUGUCGAAUUCGAGGAGCUCAGCACUGCUGAAAUUGUUGCCAAGACCAUGGACAACUAUCUCCUCUUUGGCCAUAUUCUCAAGUGCAGUGUCAUUCCGAAGGCACAAGUUCACGACGAACUCUUCAAGGGCGCUAAUAAGAGAUUCAAGCCCGUCCCAUGGAACAAGAUGGAAGGCAAGCAGAUGGAACGCCCGCUUCUUGAAGACAAGUGGGCGCGAAAGAUCAACAAGGAGAAAAAGAGGCGGGCUGAGAGGGCCAAGAAGCUGGAGGCCGUGGGCUACGAGUUCGAUACACCCGAGGUCAUGGAUGUCAAUGCUAUUCCCGCCAUUACUGCACCAGAGGCUACUGAGAGCAAGACUCUGGAGGCUGUUCAAGAUGCUCCCACGAAGACCAUCGAGGCGCCACCCGCCGUUGAAAUUGCUGAGGGCGAGGUUGCCGAGAAGGAGCAGGAGGCAACACCCAAGCCUGCGAAGCGUACCAGAGGCAGACCAGCCAAGACGCCUCAGAAGGCCACCAAGGGGGCGGCGACUCCUAGAAAGACGAGAGGCUAA